AUGACGGACUUUACAGAGGCCGAUACGAUCCGCAUCCUUGUGGCGACUGACAACCACGUCGGAUUCGAGGAGAGAGAUGCCAUCAGGAAGGACGACAGCUGGCAAACCUUUGAUGAAAUUCUGAAUCUUGCCCGCACCGAGGACGUCGACAUGGUGCUUCUCGCGGGUGACCUCUUCCACGAAAACAAGCCGUCUCGGAAAUCCCUGUACCAGGUCAUGCGCACCUUGCGCCAAAACUGCCUUGGCGAGAAACCGUGUCCGCUCGAAUUCCUCUCCGACGCGGCAACCGUCUUCGAGGGCGCGUUUCCCCACGUCAACUACGAAGAUCCCGACAUCAACAUCUCGAUCCCGGUGUUUUCCAUCCACGGCAACCACGACGAUCCCUCGGGCGAUGGAAACUAUUGCUCUCUCGAUCUGCUGCAGGCUGCGGGGCUCCUGAACUAUUUUGGCCGGGUGGCCGAGGCCGAUAACAUCGAGGCCAAGCCCAUUCUCCUGCAAAAGGGCGCUACGAAGCUCGCCUUGUUCGGGCUGAGCAAUGUCCGUGACGAGCGGAUGUUCCGCACGUUCCGCGACCACAAGGUCAAAUGGUUCCGACCCAACGCGCAGAUGGGCGAUUGGUUCAACUUGCUGGCUGUUCACCAGAACCACCACGCCCAUACUUCGACGUCGUACUUGCCGGAGAAUGUUCUCCCGGAUUGGCUGGACUUGGUGGUUUGGGGUCACGAACACGAGUGUCUUAUUGAUCCGACGCAGAACCCCGAGACUGGCUUCCAUGUCAUGCAGCCGGGCUCAUCGGUGGCAACGUCGCUGGUCCCGGGCGAGGCAGUGCAGAAGCAGGUGGCCAUUGUAAGCGUAACAGGCAAGAAUUUCAAGGUCGACAAGAUUCCCCUAAAGUCGGUGCGGCCAUUUGUCACGCGGGAGAUUGUGCUCUCGCAAGACAAGCGGUUCAUUGGCUUGGACAAGCAAAAGGACAACAGGCAGCAAGUCACCAAACUCUUGAUGAAGAUUGUGGACGAGAUGAUUGACGAAGCAAACGCCGACUGGGAAGCCAUCCAAACCGACGAGGAAGCAUUGGAAGAGCGUCCGCUGCCGCUCAUCAGGCUCAAGGUAGAGUAUUCGGCACCGGAGGGCGGGGUUUUUGAGUGCGAGAACCCACAGCGCUUCUCGAACCGGUUCGUCGGCAGGGUCGCCAACACCAACGAUGUCGUCUAUUUUUACCGCAAGAAAGCGUCGCAGCGGAAAGCAAAUGCCGCCGUCCCAGAGGACGCGCUGCAAGCCAUUGCCGACGGCGCGGACGCGGUCAAGGUUGAGUCGCUGGUGCAGGACUUUCUGGGCGCGCAGUCGCUCAAAGUCUUGCCCCAAGGACCCUUUGGAGAAGCCGUCAACCAGUUUGUUUCCAAGGACGACAAGCACGCGAUGGAGCUAUUCGUGACGGAGCAUUUGACAGGCCAAGUCAGACAACUGCUGGGGCUCGAGUCGGACGACGAGGAUCUCAACGGUGCCAUGGAAAUCUACAGGAUGAGGGUUGAGCAACAGAUGGCCAGUGGCGUGGGAAGAGGCGGCGGGGGGGCCAAUGCCGAGAGGAAACGGGUCCUCAAGCCCAAGCCGGACACAUGGGAUAGCGAUUUUGACGGAAACUGGGAGGACGAGGCAGGCGCCUGGACAUACGAGGAUCCCACCCACCAUCCGAGUCUCAGAACAACGCAAGAACAUGGUGCAGCCGGUCGGAGCAGGAGCAGGUCGGGAGCACAUGGCGACCCAGACGACCCAGACGACCGAGAGGAUGAGGCAGAUGCACCGAGCAGCAGGCGGCCCACGGCCCGGGCGGCAAAAGCAAGCACCUCCAGGGCAGCCAAGAAGCCAACCCCGGCCCGCAGAGCGCCAGCCAAGGGGCGGUCCCGGAAAGCCGUCGACCCAAGCGAGGAUGAGGCUGCAGAAGACGAGGACGUCAUCAUGGAGUCUGACGAUGAGCAGCCUCCGCCACUGCCUGCGAAGCCAGCGACAAGGGGCAGAAAGGCAGCGACAACGAAAACGACAACGGCAACGGCAGCGGCAACGACAGCAAAAACGGCGAGGGGGUCUGCUCCAAAGAGCCGCGCGAAGACAAAGCAGACGACGUUGAACUUCUCCCAGAAUGCCGGCGGCACACAAAUGGCGAUUGAGCUGAGCGACGACGAGAUUUCAGACGACGAUACGUUUACGCGUAGGCCGGUAUCGACGAGGACGAGGAGGCGGUGA